GCGACGGCGGCGGAAGCAGCGAGGGCGGCGGGCGUCCGGAUCUGAGGUGGUGAAGGCAGCGGCAGCGGCGGCUCCGGACUGGGCUGUGAGCGAGCGAGGGUCGGUGGCGCGGGGUCGAGCGCUGAGCCCUCGGUUCGAGCAUCAGCCCGCCUCCCGGACGCCUGGGCCGCGGAGUUUGUGUCCCGGCUCGACCCCGGUGCCCAGCCCGGAGCCGUAACCUUGAGGCGGCGGCGGCGGGGCCGGGCCGGGUCGGGCCGGGGGGCGGCGGCGCUGGAUCCUCGGCUGCCCGAUCGUUGGCGGGAGAUGUCGAACCCCGGGACGCGCAGGAACGGCUCUAGCAUCAAGAUCCGUCUGACAGUAUUAUGUGCCAAGAACCUUGCAAAGAAAGACUUCUUCAGACUCCCUGACCCCUUCGCGAAGGUUGUGGUGGACGGAUCCGGGCAGUGCCACUCGACAGACACUGUGAAGAACACGCUGGACCCCAAGUGGAACCAGCACUACGAUCUAUAUGUUGGGAAAAGCGAUUCCAUAACCAUCAGCGUGUGGAACCACAAGAAGAUCCACAAGAAGCAGGGGGCUGGCUUCCUGGGCUGUGUGCGGCUGCUGUCCAACGCCAUCAGCAGACUCAAAGACACUGGGUACCAGCGUUUGGAUCUAUGCAAACUAAACCCCUCAGAUACUGACGCAGUUCGCGGCCAAAUAGUGGUCAGUUUACAGACACGAGACAGAAUAGGCACUGGCGGGUCUGUGGUAGACUGCAGAGGACUGUUAGAAAAUGAAGGAACCGUGUGUGAAGACUCGGGGCCCGGACGGCCACUCAGCUGCUUCAUGGAAGAGCCUGCCCCCUACACAGACAGUACCGGUGCUGCUGCAGGGGGCGGGAACUGCAGGUUUGGGGAGUCCCCAAGUCAAGAUCAAAGACUUCAGGCACAGCGACUUCGAAACCCUGAGAUCCGCGGGUCCCUCCAGACGCCGCAGAACCGACCACACGGCCACCAGUCACCAGAACUGCCCGAGGGUUAUGAACAAAGAACAACAGUGCAGGGGCAAGUUUACUUUUUGCACACACAGACUGGAGUUAGCACGUGGCACGACCCCCGGAUACCAAGAGACCUUAACAGUGUGAAUUGUGAUGAACUUGGACCACUGCCGCCAGGCUGGGAAGUCAGAAGUACAGUUUCUGGGAGGAUUUAUUUUGUAGACCACAAUAACCGAACAACCCAGUUUACAGACCCAAGGUUACACCAUAUCAUGAAUCACCAGUGCCAACUCAAGGAGCCCAGCCAGCCUCUGCCGUUGCCCAGCGAGGGCUCCAUGGAGGAUGAGGAGCUUCCUGCUCAGAGAUAUGAGAGAGAUCUGGUUCAGAAGCUGAAGGUCCUCAGGCACGAGCUGUCACUGCAGCAGCCUCAAGCUGGCCACUGCCGCAUCGAAGUCUCCAGAGAGGAGAUAUUUGAGGAGUCUUAUCGCCAGAUAAUGAAGAUGCGACCGAAAGACUUGAAAAAGCGACUAAUGGUGAAGUUCCGAGGGGAAGAAGGUUUGGAUUAUGGUGGAGUGGCGAGGGAGUGGCUUUAUUUACUGUGCCACGAGAUGCUGAACCCGUACUAUGGACUCUUCCAGUACUCCACGGACAACAUCUACACGCUACAGAUCAACCCGGACUCGUCCAUCAACCCUGACCAUCUGUCUUACUUCCACUUUGUGGGGCGCAUCAUGGGCCUGGCUGUGUUCCACGGACACUACAUAAAUGGCGGUUUCACAGUUCCCUUCUACAAGCAGCUACUGGGGAAACCCAUCCAGCUCUCCGACUUGGAAUCGGUGGACCCUGAACUACACAAGAGCUUAGUGUGGAUUCUAGAGAACGAUAUCACCCCUGUCCUCGACCACACUUUCUGUGUGGAGCACAAUGCUUUUGGGAGGAUUCUUCAGCAUGAACUGAAACCCAAUGGUCGAAAUGUUCCCGUCACAGAGGAGAACAAGAAAGAAUAUGUCCGGUUAUAUGUCAACUGGAGGUUUAUGAGAGGAAUUGAAGCCCAGUUCUUGGCUCUUCAGAAGGGGUUUAACGAACUCAUUCCUCAGCACUUACUGAAGCCUUUUGACCAGAAGGAACUAGAGCUGAUAAUAGGCGGCCUGGAUAAAAUAGACGUGAGCGACUGGAAGUCCAACACGAGGCUGAAGCACUGUGCUGCCGACAGCAGUGUCGUCAGGUGGUUCUGGCAGGCCGUGGAGGCCUUCGACGAGGAGCGGAGGGCCAGACUCCUGCAGUUCGUCACGGGGUCCACUCGCGUCCCACUCCAGGGCUUCAAGGCGUUGCAAGGUUCUACAGGCGCUGCAGGGCCCCGGCUGUUCACCAUCCACCUCAUCGACGCGAACACGGACAACCUCCCAAAGGCCCACACCUGCUUUAACCGGAUCGACAUUCCGCCCUAUGAGUCUUACGAGAAGCUCUACGAGAAGCUGUUGGUAGCGGUGGAGGAGACCUGUGGGUUUGCUGUGGAGUGAAGAGCAACCAAAGGCAACAGAUUCUAGCUCACGACCACCAGACCAAAUGCCUGUCGCCUUCCGCGCACCUCCUGCGAAGCGGGCCAAGGCACUGGAUUCUCUCUAACCUGAGGGAAAGGGUCGUCGCCCCCCUUUGUGUUUGGGGGAGUGAAGGGGGCGGGGGGUCUUUGGUUGGUGGCACCCACCCAUACUUUUCCUCCGUUGCCACAGCACUCCCACGCCCUUCCAUCACCCAUCCAGUCAGACACCGCCAGGUUUAGAAGGGCCCGGCCACACAGGGUGUCCUGCCGCGGCUGUGCCACGCGGCUCCCAGCGGGCCUGCUGCCCUGCGGUCUCCACGGGGCCGGGACCUGGGCCGCCCACAGAGGGUUUGCAGCUGGUCGCCAUGCCAGGUGUCCUGUCUCAACACAGACCUUGGGCCUCUGCUCCAGUUCCGCUCAGUUCUGGUUUCACACCCCAGCAGCCCGCCCUGGUCGCAGAUUAGCCGCUCCUGAAAAGGAGCCGUAUGGUGCGCCCAUACUGGAAGCUGCUGCAGCGGGGAGUGGGUCCUUUUCAAAAGUGAGGGAAUUGGGGCAGCUCUAGCUGGAGGCCCUGGGUACUUCUUUUUAGGGUAUCCCGGUUGAAAAUUUUGUUCCGCAUAAAGAAGAAUGACCUUUCUCUUUUAAGAGUCCCUUUUACCACUUUAUCUCUCCAGUUAGAAGUAUUUUUCCAGUGGAAACACCACACAGUGGAGCUCCCGAUCUGUGGCCACUGCUGCACCUGUUUGCGGAGAGGGCAGCUGGCUCGCUCGUAUUCUAACAAACUAUUAAUGCGGAAAUUUGCUAAGAGCUAAACUAAUAAAACAAAAUUCUGUUAUUGCAGCUGCUGGCUUGGUGCAAACUAGCUUAAAAGGGAGAUGGGGAACAGGUAGCCUGGAUGACCGAAAUCCACCCUGAGUCACUGGUUUAGGAGAAGCAGGGUGUGGUGUGAGCCUGAUAGCGGGAGGAGGACCGUCCCGCCCCACCUUUCGGGGUUCCCAGUGUCAGGUGACAAUGCCGACAGCUGCUGCUCCGUCUGCUUGCCCCAGUGUCUCCCUCUGGUGAGCCAGGCCACGGCGAGCUGAGGCCCUCCGUCUCGCACGCCAGCGCCCAGUGCACACGCACGUUCCAGCACUGUUCUAACGAGUGGCUUGGUACUCCAGACAAGGGACCUUCAGGGAGAAACGGUGGCAGCCACAGAUGUUCCUGUCCAGUUCUUUGUUUUUGUUUAGGGGCAAGUGCAGGGUCACUUAUUAGCGAGACAUACCACUGUUGAAAUACCGCUGAUGAUGCUUCUGAGGUCGGUGCUGCUGGUCCCCGCUGUGGGUCUGAGCUGGGUCUGGAAGGAGCUUUUGGCCAUCUGCGUCAGUGCCCUUGUUACUGCCAAUGCCUGCAGACAGGCUGGGUGCAAGGCACACUUACCUUCUGCACCCCGCUGUUUCCUUGCCUUGCCCCCGAAGCUGUCCAUAGUCUGACGUGGGGGGCACACAGACCCUCUCUCUGGAACCCCCUACGUGGAGGUGGGUCCUAUUUGGCGGAUUCCACAGUUGCCAGAGAGCUGAGCCUCCGGGUUACCUGCCGGGUUUUAGGCAGAAGGGAUGUGAUUUGAUGCAGAAGGCAAACUUAGUCCAUUCACACAUCAAGCCAAACCGUGGGCUUUGUCUUUCCAGAGGUGUGCUAUGUUGCAGUGGGGCGCAUCCUGUGUCGUUUGCUGUGACACUUUCCGAGGGUGUUCUAGAAACUGGCCCCAAAGAUCUGUCCAGCCCCCCCUCGGAGUCUCCUCCUCUGAGAGAGACAUGAAUAACACAGACCUCCUGCCAGCAGGUCUGCUCUCACGUGCCCCAGGGAGGGUCUGAUGGUGGAAGAGUCUCAGAAGUAGGAAUGUUGCAGGUGACUCCUUUAGAAGGACCUUCCUGCUAGUAGGAGGAGCCGAGAUGGCCCCUCAGCCUCCACACCUGCCAGCCCUGUGUUGCUCCCGCAUCAGAUGUCCCCUCAGCAAGACGCACAGGGUCACGUCCUGGCUCCUCCAGGAGCUGCCUAGGACACGAGGCGCCUGUCCUUCUGUGAGGCCCGGGCCUCUGUUUUUUUACUUACACUUGCACAUGGGCAGCUCAGCUGCUGUGUUACCAAGGAGCCUCAAAGAGGAGAACCUUCCAGCGCUCCCGUUUACUCUUGCCAAACAGGCCUCUGUCAGCGGCACUGUACAUCUGGAACCUUAAAUAUUGCCGGUUGUUUGGGCCUUUUGAACUACCCCAAAGAAUAGUGUAGCAAGUAGUUGGUAACUGCUUCCCCUGACCCCUCUGGGUCUGCGGGAACCCCAUCGACUCGAGCUCCCCUCUGUGUUACCCUUCUCUCUCAGUAAUCCCAGCCGGCCACCCUGUCCCCGCCCCGCUCUGCCCGGAUGCUUCAGGCCCCACCCUUCAGGCUCGCCCCCACUGGCGGUCAGCAGCCGACCCUCAGGGAUGACCACCGGUCUGCCAGCGCUGUAGGUAGGAGGAGCGGAGGGGCUGUGUGCGGGGCCAGUAACUGCCUGCCCGCCGGAACUGUGGCCCCUGAGCCCGCUCGGCCUCGCGGUCCAAAUCCAGGUUGGCGGUCUCAAACCCGUGCCAUCAGGAGGGGCCUGGUGCAGAGGGAAGGUCCGCCCACCCCGUCUGCAGCCAGGCACACACAGUGUGGAUUUUUUAGAUUUGUUUAUUUUUGUUUCUCAACCACUUUAUAAUGUGUUUUUUAAUUUAUUUUGUAAUGUCUUGUUUUUAAGUAUUGCUGCUAUCCUUGUUAUUCUUCCCACUGUUUUUAUUGCCGAUUUAUUUUGUGAAAGUUGUACACUAAUGUUCUGUUUGAUGUCAAAAUCGAAAGUAUUUAAAGAAAUACUAGUUCUAUUUAAUGUGGCUGUGGAGCCGGCUGGAAAUACAGAACCAGCGGCGAUCGUGCGGCAGGCUGGGCCCAGAGGCCAGGUUCACUUUGUUACAUAUGCAAUAAACUCACAACUUUACGUUUUCGGCA